AGGUUAAAUGUCGCAUUUGUUCGACAGAAUUGUCGUACAUCAACAAAUCCACCUCCUCAAUGCUGAGGCAUCAUAGGGCCAGGCAUGAAAAUGAAGUUCCAGAGACACCCAGGAUAAACUCAGCUACCAGGAAGCAGAUGCUGGAUGAGGCUCUGCUGAACUUCAUUGUGAAGGACUGCCAGCCCCUCAGCAUUGUGGAGAGUGAAGGGUUCAGGGAACUGGUGCAGGUCCUUGAGCCAUCAUAUGUUUUGCCUACCAGAAAAGUUUGUGUGGAAAUGAUCUAAAGUUGUAGUUGAUACAUCCAAUUUAUUUAAUAUUUAAAUUAAAUACGUUGAGUUGCUUUUGGUUUGACUUGGUGUUAUUUUCAGACCAUCAAAAAAAUGCUGGUGACAAAAUAUGAGGAGGAACGGGAAGGAGUGAAAUUGGAAGUACAGCAAGCUGUGGCAGUGAGUAGAACAGCUGACAUGUGGACAUCUGUAAACAUGGAGGCUUACUUGGCUCUUACCUGUCACUACAUAAAUGAUCAUUUGCAGUUGUGUACAUCUGUGUUGGGUGUGCAAUACUUUCCACAAAGUCACACUGCUGACAAUUUGGCCCAGGUCAAAAGGGACAUGAUGGCAGACUGGGCCAUAACUAAUAAAGUAAAGUGUUUUGUGACCGACGCAGCACCAAACAUGAUUGCAUCCACUAGACAGCUCCAAAUUCGACACUCAAUUUGCAUUGCACAUAGUCUUAAUUUAUUAGUUAGAAAAUCAUGUGACCAGAUCCCCACACUUGCAUCCAUCAGACACAAAGCUAGGCACAUUGUCACAUACUUCAGAUGGAGCACUACAGCUAAGGAAAAGCUUGCUCAAGUGCAGCAACAGAUGGGACGGCCAACCCUGAAAGUCAUCAAUGAGGUGGCAACACGCUGGAACAGCACAUAUGAAAUGCUGUCAAGGCUACAUGAUGAGAAGGAGUCAGUGUGGGUAUCUCUGGCCUCUCUAAAAACAGAUUUGACUCCACUUACAGCUGAUGAGUUUAACAUCGUAGGAGAAACACUUAUUGUGCUUGCUCCUUUCCAUCAAGCCACAGUGGAGUUGUCUGAGGAGAGGCGAGUGUCAGGGUCAAAGGUCAUCCCGAUGAUGAAAAUGCUGUACCUUGCACUAGAGCAUAGUGCUUCAACCUUGCAAACACAGGCAGCCAAACACCUCCAUGAACAUUUGAAGCGUCGAGUCACAGACACUGCUUCCAACCUGGAGUCAUUAAGUGUGUUGACCCUAGCAACACUUCUUGACCCCAGAUAUAAAUCACUCGGGUUCCGCAGUUCUUUUAAAUUAAAUGACGCCAUCGUUCGCCUACGCUCCGAAUGUGCGUCUGUCAUGGGACACACAAAUGAGCCCCUGCCAGGACCAUCUGCAGAACAGCUGUCUGCACCCAAUUCAGGAGUGUCUUCAAGGAUGAUUGUGUCGGAGUCCCAUGAACAAACGGAUGAUUGGGACUUUGGAGAGGUUACCAUGGAGAUAGAUUCUAACCACCAUUGCAAAAAGGAAAAAGAAGACAUGUUGGACACAAUUUGCUCAUAA